AUGAUAUCACAAUCAAAAAACAAACCUCAAACUGAUGUGGCGUUCUCUCCUAUCUACAGUGAUUAUGUUCACACCAACAGCAAACCCAAAACCAAUAAACGGAGUUGGUAUGAGUACUGUAUGAUCAUUUGUAUGAUUCUUCUUGUCAUUGGAUUUUUGAUCAAAGUUGGAAUAAUGAUGCAUAAAUUCUCACUGGAAGAGAAAAUUGAUGUUGAGAUGAGCACAAAGGGUCCGGUAACAAGACGGAAUACUUCCAAACCAUCCGCAUGUAAAAAACGUGUUGUUGGCUAUUAUACCGAAUUCGAAUCCGUUGAUAUCACAAAACAUCAACUAUCAAAAUUAACACAUGCCGUGUUUGCAUACGCUGAGAUGAGAUAUAAUGGAGAGCUGCGAUUUAAAAGUGAAAAAUCGGAAAAUAGGUUUAUGAGCUUGAAAAAUAAGGCGAAAAGUUCCCGAACUGAUUUGAAAGUGAUGAUUGGCAUCGGUGGAUAUGGGAAUUCUGACCACUUUCAUAAUGUGACAAGAGAUUCCGUCCAAAAGAAAUAUUUCAUCAAUAAUAUAACUGAAUUCCUGCAGAAGAAUGAAGUUGACGGAGUGGAUUUGUAUUGGAAAGAAGCGCAAGAAAACGAUAAAUGGAAAUACAUUGAGUUUGUUCGAGAUCUCAAGAAGAAACUGAAAGAAGAAGAAAGAGAUGGAAACCCAUACUUGAUUUCUUUAACCAUUCCUCCUCCAAAUAUUGCCAAUUGGGAGAUGGCAUACGAUCUGGAGGAAUCUCUAGAAGACGUCGACUUCUUCAAUGUCUACUCAAUGGAUUAUCAGGGACCAUGGGAAAAUCAAUGGGGAAAUCCUGCUGGACCGAUUGCUCAAUUGUAUAAUACUGUGGAGGGAAGAACUCAAUUCAGUGUAGAUGCCACAAUCAAGUAUUUCGUUUGCAAAACGAAGCAACCCAACAAAUUCAACAUCGCAAUUCCAUUUUUUGCAAGACUAUGGAGACAUGUCAAGGAAACUGUUGAGCCAGGAAAGGAGGUGAUUAGAAAUGUGGAACUGAAAGAUAAUAAGGCUGUCGGAGAUGCUUACCUGUCUAGAUGGACCGUGGAAGACAGAAAAUACAAACUGUCACCUGCAACAUGGGACGAAGAAUCGAAAAGUUCGUACAUCUACAAACCGGAAACCAAAACUUAUUUAACUUUCGAAGACCAGAAGAGUAUCGAUGCUAAAAUCGAAUACGUGAAUUCAAUGAAUUUGGGAGGAGUAUGGAUUUGGACUGUGGAGAUGGAUGAUGAUCAAAACAGUCUUCUGAAUAUGGUCUCGUCGACUGAGUUGUGCUCAUCAAAGAGCAUUAACACCAUUAAGCAUUCUUGUAAACGAAAUUAA